AAAUUCUCAAUCUUCUCCAUUUAUUCAACACAGACACAUAAACGUAAAACAGACAGACACUCACUGCACACUUUUCAAAAUACUCUUCUCUUUCUUUCAUCUCUUCUCCCUAAGCUCCAUAGGCACACUAACCUCUCUUUUGACCUACUGCAAGUGAGAGAGAAGCCUGCCUGCAAAGAUAAAAAGGGAAGGCAUCAUUGAAGUUCUUUACCUCUUUUUUUUUCACAAUCUCUUAACCUAGGCUUCUCCCCAUUUCAAGCAAAAAAUAAUGGUUUCAUAUCAGAAACAUCUCUCUUUCUCCUCCUUAAUGCUGGUCUUCUUCUUCUUCUGCUUCCUCUCUCUCUUCUCUCGUCCUUCUCUCUCCGCCACUUUUCUCGUCGAUGGUAUCUCUGUCUGGAAAACUCCUGUUGUCCAUGUCGGCGACUCCGUUAUUUUCAGACACAAGUACGGAUACGAUCUCUACAUCUUCAGGACUAAAGAUGCAUUCAAUGUCUGCAACUUCCCUCAAGCCACUCUUCUUACAAAACAUAACUCCACCUCCUUCACGUGGUACCCAUCAAGAACAGGCUCUUACUACUUUUCUUUCAAAAACAACACAUCUCACCUCAAGACCUGCCAACUCAACCAGAAGCUCUCAGUUCAAGUCAUUCUCGCCAAUGCAUCUCCGCCGUCGCAGCCACCAACACCAGCAGUGGCUCCUGUUCCUGUCUCGGAAGGAGGAGUGGUCUCAUCUUCUCCUUCUUACCCAUGGCCAUUAGGUCCAAGGGAAGGUUCAGCUAUCUCUCCGGGACCAUCUCCGUCAGAGAUCACGUCGGUGUCGGUACCAGGAGACGGAGUUCCGUUCAUCAACAGUAAUCCGGCUGUGCCACUUCCCACCGGAGAUGUCGACUCUACUUCCAUUAACCCUUUGCCCACCACUUCCACAAAUUCAGCACGUCAGGUGAUGAUGAUCACAGUAAAGCUGAAGCUAGUUUUGUCCUGUGUAGCCAUGUUUUAUCUAUUCUAGAGAGAGAAGAAGGUUUUCUGUAGCAGUAGCUUUACAAGGGAGGAAUGAUUACGUUUUCUGAUCUUAAUUGCUAAUUACAACUUAAGGUUAAUCUUGUAAUCAUGCAUUCUCCUUUUUGCUCUUAUGGUUAGGUGGUCUCUUGUGAGAAUCUUAGGGCGAUGUGCUAUUAUAAAUCAAUGUUGUUUCUUUCUAAUCUCUUUGUGGUCUCCACUAGCUACUCACUAAAA